AUGUGCAGUUCCGACAUCUUCCUGGCGGUUCUGGCCGUGUUCUUCCCACCCAUCGCAGUCUGGGUGAAAGUGGGCCUCUGCACCGCCGACUCAGUCAUCAACCUCGCGCUCUGCUGUCUCGGCUUCAUCCCAGGUCUCCUCCACGCCUGGUACAUUAUUGCCAACAACCCUGAACCAGACUAUGACGCCGUAGCCUACGAACCCAUCCCUGGUGGCGGGAGCCAACGCCGGGAUCUUGAGAACGGAAACGUCACCUACUACUAUGUCUCACACCAGCCUCGUUCGAAUCCGGGAUAUGGAACUGUUUCGCAGGGGCAGCAGGUGCCGAAUAAGAAUGCAUCGAAAAACCAGGAUGCUGGGAAUGGAAAUGCAAAUGCUGGCAGUAGUUCCAACCCGCCUACUUAUGCGGAGGCUGUGAGGGGGGACAAUAAGGUGCAGAGUCAGGAGUGA